GGGUAUAUGUUAAUAUAGGUCUACACUGGUAUCUAUAUAUAGAGUUAAAUCAUGACUGGUAUACAAGACGGAGGUAACCAGAGCGUGAAAAUAAUCAAUACCUCCUGCUAUUGAGUCAGAGUGGUGUGUUUAUAUUGGAUCGACUGGAGGGUACGAACCACAUAGAGGAUCGCUAUAACGGGGUAGAACUACAUGCAAGCCUAGUACUGGUACCUAUAGCGGAUAUGAAGUCUGUACGAAUAUUGACCCUAGUGGGGCUGGCCCUCCUUUGUAUGAUGCUCACUGUCCAGGCAGAUGAUGGUGACAACAGUGAUGAGAACACGAGUGAUAAACCACGCCAUCCUUCCGGAGAUGAUCAUUUUGGCUACAAAGACGAUGAUGACGACGAUGAUUAUGAUAAGGAUUGCGACGACGACGACGACGAUUAUAAAAUGGGAGAAAAGGGAAGGAUGGGAGAUGACAUGCACCACAAGAAAGGAGAAAAGGACCAUGAUGGGGAUAGCAAGGAGGACGGUGAUAAGGACCAUAGUGGCGAAAGCAAGGAAGACAAAGAUGAAUACAACGAACACAGUAAACGCAAACAAUGCCACCGCAAGAAAAUCGCCAAGAUCUUAAUCAUCGUCGGCGCUAGCAUUGCUGUCAUCGGUACAGGUGUCGGCUUGGCUAUCUGUUGUGUGCGCCACAAACGUCAAAGGAUGAGGAGCGUGAGCGAGUCCAAGACUAAUCUGCACGUGCCAGGAGGCCGCGAGAAUGUAUAUGUCGUCGCAGAAGUGCCCACCGCACCCGAAAAGAAACCGUCCGCACUCGACUUCCCCGUAGUCUCGCACGCUCCCCUCCCAGGAAAGGAGUAAAAACCAGACGGACAAAUCACGUGCGUUACACAGGUGAUAAAGCAAAACAAAAAUAUAAACAAAAACAAACAAAGCUGACACUUGUGCGUUGUUUGACAAGAACCUACGUUUACUAAGGAAGUGUUAAAACACGAGAGGCAGGAUUGCAACCAGAAUCGUGAAUAUACAAGUGGUACAAGAAAUACAACAGGUGUUUAAUGAUUGUUUAGUUUGUUUAGAGACAGAAACACCCCUUCGAGGUAUCUUAUUGCACGUGAUUUGUAGGGAAAUGCAGAAUAUAUUACAUCAUAUAUCAUUCCCUCAACACCGCUAUUUCUAGUUUCCAUACUCUGUUUCUUAAUUUCCGGUUAUGUUUUGUUGUAUUCAUUUUCAACAUUCCAGUUUUUACAGUAGCUAUAUUUUAUUCAGAAAAUAUCAAUAAUUUCAUUUUGUAGUCUUGCAUAUCCAAUAUUUUAUAUUCCAAAUAAUCACAAGCUCAGUAAGUACCACCUUAUCAUCAACAGCGCUUUGGUGUUUUACCAUCCUCGUUACUCAAUGGGAUACGCUCGCUUUCGCUUCAAGUAUUCGUUGACAGGCCUUUUAUAUGUAUAUUUUGGAUGGAAUAUUUUGAUUUUUGGUUUUCUUCGGGGUGUAUAUCCUUCCGCAAAGAACAACAGUCUACAUACAGCAUUAAUAUUAAUGUCAGCGACAUCAAUUAAGGCUUUUGAUAGGCCCGUUUGCUUUGAUUUUUGACAGCUUUCUUGUUGCUUAUAGUUCAAAAGGUUUCAACAGGCUAGAAUCGUGUAGUUUUUUGUUGUUGUUUUUUUUUUCUCUCAUUAAAUAUGCGUUUGUCCCCAUGUCAAUUCUUGUUUAUUGUUGUUUUGAAAUAAAAAUCGUUAAGAGAGGUUUUUUUUUAU